AUGGCAAAAUUUGUACUCGCCGGAAAAACAGACUGCCCUUAUUAUGCCAAAGCAGAGCUUUUAGCAGACACCCUCCAGCAGUGUUUGCCAGACUUCAAGAUCCAUAAGAUCUCCAUCCUCCCAGAUGAAUGGAAGGAAUGGCUGGGGGCCACUUGUGAAAAAAAUAACUGGAAACAUGAGGGCUCCCCUUUGGUUUGGAGGGAACUAGUGGAGCAAGGGGGCAAAGGGAUGCUCUUGGGGGGCUUCAGUGACUUCCUAGAGUACUGCCAGGAUUACUACGGCAUCACGUCAGACAUGACCACAGAUGUGAUGCUGAGUGUUGCAGCAGAGAAUCUGGAGGCCAAAAUGAAUCUCAUCAAAGAAGAGCAGCAUCGCGCCAGUCUUAUUCAACCACUUCAUGUUUGGAUAACUGGUGCUCUCAACCCAACAUGCCAAGUCCUGAUCCCCAGUCUGCUCUCCCCCGAGGUGUUUCCCAAAGUUUCUGCAAUCAGCCUCCACCUACUGGACCUGGAGGGAAACGAGGAGCAGUUACAGAGCCUGAGGUUGGAGAUCGAGGAGCUGGCAAUCAGCAUGCUCCACCAGGUGACUACUGACACAGAUCUGGAGCGAGCCUUCAGGAAGGCAGAUGUCAUACUCCUUCUAGAUGACGGGGGGCACGAUGGAGAAAAUGAGGGUGAGGAAGUAAAGAAGAAGAAGGUAAAGGUGAUCUCAGAGCGCUACAAAGAAUACGGGCUACUGAUUGAUGCAACAGCCAAGGAGACGGUGAAGGUGAUCGUGUCCGGCGACUCGUUUCUCAACCUGAGGUGCUCGCUUCUUGUGGACUGUGCGCGCUCCAUCGACAGCCACCAGUUCAUCGCUGCUGCAGCUCAACUGGAGAAUGAAGCCAAGGCUGUACUUGGGAAGAAGAUGAGAGUGAGGGCGUCAGAUAUUACAGAUGUAAUAGUGUGGGGAAAUAUCAGCGGUACUUUCUACAUUGACCUGCAGAGGGCAAAAGUUUUUAACCAUGAUGGACCAAUCACAGGACCAGCUUUCUUUUCCCAGCCACUUCUAAGCAUUUUUCCUGACAGGAAAUGGUUGGAAACAGACUUUCAGCACUUGGUACGCAGGCGGCGUCUAGCUGUGACUUCAAAGACAGGCCAAGUAGCCGCCACAUCAGCUGCCAAUGGGAUCCUCACUGUCUUGAAAGCUUGGAAUGGUGCUAGUGAUCCAGAUGUUCUGUCUUCGGGUGUAGCUUGCCCAGGGCAUUACAGUCUCCCUGAUGGCAUUGUCUUCUCAGUUCCAUUAACCUUCACAGAUGGCAAAUGGUCAGUAGUGUCUGAGUUGACUGUUGAAAAUGAGCUCAAGUACAGGCUUGAGCUCUCAGCAAGUGAACUGCAGCAGAAAAAAUUCUGCUCUAGUAAAACUCUUGAAAAUCAACCUCAAAUAUUGAUGUUAAAUACAUGCGUGAUGCAUGGCAUGCAUGAACUUGUCAUGGCACAAAGGAGGUUAUUUGGUAAAUAUACAGAUCCCAGUAAUCACUGUACAAAUAGUACACGGGCAUAUCUAACAGGUCUGUAGAUAAAUAACAAAUUCAAUUACACGUGGAUGUACGAAAUUAAAUCCUACUUACAAAUGUAAAUAAAAAUGAGGCAUUGAUCACACAGAGGAAACUUGGGAACACUUCUCUUAUCGUGUCACGUUAAAGUCACUCGCGUGUGGGUAAAGAUCUACUAGCUGUCAACAUCCAAUGAAGUCAGAGAAUCCGUUUUCAGGCAACGAGUGAAAAAACCAACAACGACUGAAUGGGAAUUUCUAAAUUUUGAACCCUAAAGGUGUGGACGCGGAUUGGCGUCGUUUUACUCGUCUAACUGUGGGAAUGUGCAACUACGAUUCAAACCUGGUGUUGUCGUUAAAACAUUUACAUACAAUCUUUAUAUGGGUAACCAAAGGGAUAAAAUAGACUCUUAAAUUCCCCCUCUGCUUUAGUUAUAAAGUUUCAUCAACUGACCAUUAAAUUAAAUAAUUUAUAGCAUAUAUUAACAGUUAAUCCAACAUUCCAACUCUUCCUAACGCCACCUAUAUAGAUAGACAUCUGCCUCUGAAUGAAAAAACAAGGUGGAUGCUUUUAGCCGUGGUACAAAAUAAAGGCAUCACUGUUGUACUAAAGAGACUGAAAUCAAACGGGUUCUUUAAAAAAAAAAAGAAAAAAAAAAAGCCACGA